GACUGAAGUUCUGCUUGAAGUCUCUGCUUUGAACACCAGACCAGUAAGGUCAUGUGUAGAGUUGUGCUGUCAUCAGGUUAUGAGGACUACUUUGUAAACCUGGAUUUGUGUCUGUGUUUUUCUCUCUAAUAUUGUAGUUCAAAGGAAAACAAGAAAUACCUGCGAUGUUUUGGAACGUGCUUCUUUUUACAGCCCUGUGUGGCUUUGCAGCAGCCUUCACUAAGUCUAAACUGGAUCGACACUGGGGACUAUGGAAGAAAAUGCAUAAUAAAGUUUAUUCCCAAGAGCUUGAGGAGCUUGGCCGCAGGCGGGUAUGGGAAGAGAACUUGGAUAUGAUUAAUGUCCAUAACCUGGAAGCGUCUCUGGGUUUACACUCCUAUGAGCUGGCAAUGAACCACCUGGGAGACCUGACCAAUGAUGAAAUCAUUAGCACCUUGACAGGUACGGUUGUGCCCACUAAGCUGGAUAGGGGUCCUUCCAAAGGUAUCGGGGUCAACGCUCUCCCACAAUCCGUGGACUGGAGGGAUAAAGGCCUGGUAACGGAUGUCAAAAAUCAGGGUUCGUGUGGCUCUUGUUGGGCCUUCAGUGCAGUCGGGGCUCUUGAAGGACAACUCAAGAAGACCACAGGAGUCCUGGAAUCCCUCAGUCCUCAGAAUCUGGUGGAUUGCUCCAUAAAAUAUGGGACCUAUGGGUGUAACGGUGGCUUCAUGGCAAACGCGUUCCAAUAUGUCAUGAGUCAAGGCAUAGCAUCUGACUCGGCCUACCCCUACGUCGGCCGCUCAUAUCCUUGUUCCUUGCUUUCUUUUCAGCGCGGCCAAUGUAAAUAUCACCCAAAGCAUCGGGCUGUAAACUGCUCUGGCUAUGUCUUCGUACCAAAGGGGGAUGAGUUUGCAUUGAAGGAAGCUGUUGCUGUAAUUGGUCCUAUCUCUGUAGCAAUUGAUGCCUCAAGACCAAAGUUUACCUUCUACCGUCAUGGUGUGUACAGAGACCACACAUGCACUGAUAAGGUGAACCACGGAGUACUGGCAGUGGGCUACGGCACUUCUGGGACUCACGACUAUUGGCUGGUCAAAAACAGGCAAGUAUAGCAUUACAAAAAAUGUCAAUGCUAACUUGAGUUUUUUUUAUUUUUUAUUUUUUUUUUAAACAAUGAUUCCAAAUUCCGUUGUAGUUGGGGUGUAAAGUAUGGCGACCAAGGCUACAUCAAGAUGGCUCGGAAUAUAAGAAAUCAGUGUGGUAUUGCUCUCUAUGCUUGUUACCCCUUCAUGUGAUCAGAAAGUGGUUAAUGUUUUGUCUAUCAGUUUUAAAUAAAC